AUUUUCUUUUCUAAUUUUUUGUUCCCGGACCCUCGAGAAUUCAGUGCUGUAAUUAGCUGACGAGCUUCGACGAACAUCGCCAGUGUGCUCCUUACCUUGUCUGCUUCGCGCAAAUUUAUCAGAAGAGGAAAGGCAUGGAUCCUUCGGAACUCAGGUACUUGGAGAAUGAUGAUACACCUACAAUGAAGACAAUCAAGGGUGCAACUACUGGUUUGGUUGCUGGGACUAUUUGGGGGACUAUCAUCGCCACUUGGUAUGAUGUGCCUCGUGUUGAGAGAAAUGUUGCUCUUCCAGGGUUGAUAAGGACACUUAAAAUGAUGGGUAAUUAUGGAAUGACAUUUGCUGCAAUUGGAGGAGUUUACAUUGGUGUUGAGCAGUUGUUAGAGAAAUACAGGAUGAAGAGAGACUUUGUUAAUGGUGCUGUUGGUGGUUUUGUUGCUGGGGCUACCAUUCUUGGUUUCAAAGGAAGGAGUAUGUCGACAGCAAUUUCAGCUGGAUCAGCUCUGGCAGUCACUUCCGCGGUGAUUGAUGCUGGAGGCCAGACCACAAGGGUAGACACCGGCAAGGAAUAUUAUCCUUACACUACCAAGAAGAGAUCUCCAGCCGACUCAUGAGUUUUUUGCGUGCUGCUCCUGAAGGAAAUAUAUAUGGCUUCCCCUCACCCGAGUUAAUUGGGAGUGCAGCUUCAGCUUUGCCGGUCUUUGUUUGCAGAGAUGUAAUAAUACUCUUUGGUCUUGUUUUCUGGCUCCCUACUCAUUCAGUUUCCAGAAGCUCCAUGGGUUAUUUCAAUAAAUGUAUCUCAGUCAUCUAUCAAGGUUACAUUACAUGUUUGAGAUGAUUACUUCUGCUUUAUGAUAUGCAUUAGGAAUCAGAGACUGAACCAUAUUUAACCUCUGCAUUUACAGAGUUUCCUUUUCUUUCACAGUUGUAUGAUUUCUGCAACCACCAACUUCACCUGAAGCUUGGAAGUAGUAUUUUGUUAA